AUGCGAGUCGUGAGGCGCUUUUUUUACACGUCCCAGCUACACCCACGUGGCAUCGUCAGGUGGUCCCUCCACUGCAGAACUGAGGCCCAUGAAAAAGCUCUGCUAUCUUUUUUUCUCCCUACCACGGCCAAGCAGCGCGCUGGAGGCAACCGGCCUGUGUUUGUCGGACCGAGAGAGCGGUACCAGCAUCAGCACCAGCAUCAGAUACCAACCAUUGGCGCAGAUCUCGGAUCCCGCUAUCCUGUUACUACGGACCACCGGCUGACAGAUUAUCUGCGCCCAUGCCUCUUUAGGGUUAUUCGAGUUGGAGUGUGUUUUGUGUGCUUGCGCACAUAUAAGAUCCUGUGUCUGUGUGUUUGUGUUUGUGAAUGUGUGGCAUAUCAGUUGGUUGAAUGA